CCUGCCGCUUCCCCCUCUCUCCCCUCUUCAGUUGUCAGCGUUUGGCUACGGGGUGGAGAUCGACAGCCAGAAAGCCAUCGGGUUGGAGAAUUGAGCAGCUAUGGCUACAGACUCUCCCCGCCGUCCCAGCAGAUGUACAGGUGGAAUAAUGGUCCGACAUCAGGCAGUCACGGAACAAUCAUACAUGGAGAGUGUUGUCACCUUUCUGCAAGAUGUAGUUCCACAGGCAUACACUGGCUCAUCUCCAACGGAUGAGAAGGAAAAAAUAGUCUGGGUCCGUUUUGAGAAAGCUGAUAUUAAUGAUCUUGCGAGGAAUCCAGAGUAUCAUGAAAUGAACAAUGCUGUAAAUGACCCCCCAUUGCUGCUACUCAUCGGAUACGCAGAUGGAAUGCAAAUUUGGAGCAUUCCUAUGAGUGGUGAGGCUCAGGAGUUGUACUCAGUCCGGAAUGGUCCCAUUCGAACAGCCCGGGUCCUGCCUGCACCACAGACAGGAAAUGUGUACCCACCAUACUGCUGUGUGGAUCUAUACUCACUUCGAAGUGGUGAAAUGGUCAAGUCCAUCCAGUUUAAAACCCCCAUCUAUGAACUGCAUUGUAACAAAAGGGUUUUGGUAGUUGUGUUACAGGAAAAGAUUGCCACCUUUGACAGCUGUACUUUCACCAAAAAGUUCUUCGUCACAAAAUCAGGGUGUUACAUUAGCAUUUUUCCAGUCCACCGGAACAUUCCCAGAAUCCAGCUCAUCCACUGCCACCGAUCUCGUGGUGGGGCCUGUGGUGACAACGUCCAGUCUUACACUGCAACAGUCAUCAGUGCCGCCAAAACACUCAAGACAGGACUGACCAUGUUUGGAGAAGCAGUUGGGCGGUUGGCUGGCAGCCUACCCUCAGGGCCAGUUGAGGAUGAGGUUUCUACCCAUAGCACCUCCCGACGUAGCCCACACAUUCCUGGAGUUGUCACAAUCAUCGAUACUGAGACAGUCGGGGAAGGACAGGUACUUGUCAGUGAGGAUGUUGAAGGUGAAGGCAUAGUGGCUCAUUUCCUGGCCCAUGACAAUAAACCCAUUUCCUGUAUGGCAUUUAACCCCAGUGGAAUGCUGCUGGUUACCACUGACACACAAGGCCAUGACUUUCAUGUAUUUCGAAUCUUGACACAUCCAUGUUCAUCGUCACAGAGUGCCGUGCAUCAUUUAUAUACUUUACAUCGUGGGGAGACAGAGGCUAAGGUGCAAGAUAUUUGCUUCAGCCAGGACUGUCGCUGGGUAGUAAUUAGCACACUCCGGGGUACCUCGCAUGUGUUUCCAGUAAAUCCUUAUGGUGGACAACCUUCUGUUAGAACACACAUGUCUCCCCGUGUGGUGAAUCGCGUGAGUCGAUUUCAGAAGAGUGCCGGGCUGGAAGAUAUAGAACAGGAGCUGUCGACCAAACAGGGUGGGCGCUGCAGUCCAGUGGCGGCUCUCUCAAGCAGCCCCUCUGGGUCACCACUUCACAACAAACUGAGCAACCAGGACUGUUACAACAGCUUCACAAACAACAACCUAGGAAAUCCACGGCUCUCACCAAUCCCAACUCUGACGAUUGUUUUGCCCCUGGCGCAGAUCAAACAGCCUAUGACACUGGGAACCAUCACAAAGCGUACAGGUAAAAGCAAGUCCAGAUCAGCCCCACAGAUUUCACCAAGCAAGGCUGCUGGUGGAGAAUUUUGUGUUGCUGCCACUUUUUCUUCAUCACGAUCCUGGUUAAUAGCCAAUCCUGGCCUAAAGCGGGAGAAAGAUCAAUCAAAACAGUCAGUAGUGGAUUCCCUGUUCAUUAUUAGUUGCUACGGCAACCUCGUGGAACACACAAUUGAGCCACGUCCUGUCAACACUGUGCAGAAGAUCAAUGAUGAUACUCAGCUGGAGCUGUUAACAUCUCCCCGAGCCAGCUGGUCUCUGGCCAGGACUCCACAGUGGAAUGAACUCCAACCACCAUUCAAUGCAAACCAUCCUUUGCUGCUUAGUGCCGAUGCUGUCCAACACUGUCAGAAUCAGCUGGCUGGUUUGGUUUCGCCUGUCAGUCCAGCACCCAGUUUUAUACGCCAUGAGUCUUAUGACAGCCUGGGAUCAGACAACAGUGGUCAAGAAGAUGAGGAGUGGUUGUCACAGGUGCGGAUCCAGCCAGUCCGCUCAGAACCUGUUAGCAUGCCUGGAUCAUCAAGAGUAAUUGCUGACCGGAGAACUCUUUCAACGGUGAUUGAUGCUGGAUCAGGAACAUUUGACCGCAGCGUGACACUAUUGGAAGUGUGUGGCAGUUGGCCAGAGAGUUUUGGACUGCGUCAUAUGUCUUCUAUCGAUAAUACAGACGAAGGUCUCCGUGAACGUCUGGCAGAUGCCAUGUCCGAAUCACCCAGCAGGGACAUUGUAGGUUCAGGAACAGAGCUCCAGCGAGAAGGAAGUAUCGAGACCCUGAGCAACAGUUCCGGUUCCACCAGCGGAAGCAUCCCGCGCAAUUUUGAGGGCUACCGCUCACCACUGCCCACCAAUGAAAGCCAGCCACUCAGCCUCUUCCCCACAAGUUUCAACUAAGCACGCUCUCCCAUCCCUCCAGCCACCACCUCCAUUAACAUCGGAGCUUGUGUCCCUCUUAUUGUACAAACUUUAUUGCAACAAAUAAUGCGUAGAUCAACCGAGUGGAACAUGAGACAUGAACUUUCUCUGCCCCCACCCAGUAACGGCUGGACUGAAACAGUGUCAUCUGAAUAGUAGUUGCGGGAAGGUGGAGAGGUGAAGGCUUUCCCCCUGUAGUUUCCAAUUUAUGCUGAUUUGUGUAGCUUGCAAGUGCCUUUUGGGCUUUCUAAUUCUCCAGAGCUGGCAAAUCCCCUUUACUCCCCACCAAUUUCAUACACUGACAAACGGAAGGGCUCAAAGCUGCUGGAUCAAGGCUGUACUGACAUCUACAUCAUUUCUUGUUUGUUUCCAUUUGUCAAUUUAAACAUGUUGCAAAGUGGCAGCCCUUUUAUUUGUAAGGUUAGAGAGAGCCAUGUUGUGUGUGUCUGUGUGUGUGGUUUUGCUUUUUUGCCUUAAAUUGACACAGUUUUAAGUUUUAUCAGAAACCUACUGUUAUCUAAAGAGUUCUUGUCCUUUCAGUAGAUUCCUGUGAAAGGAAUUCCAUCAUAUUAAACAGCACAGGGAGUAAUCUGUCCUCUGACUCACUUAACUUUCCUAAAGCUGUGAGUGCUGUUGAUCUCCUUGCUAUAGUGGGAUGGUGGGGUGCAGAAGAGGUUAGGGAAGUGAAAUGGUUAGUGUGAGUAUACUUGAAACAGCAAGGAUCACAGGAGUAAACUGUAGGCGUCUUUGAACUUAGUUCCAGACUCUGAGGCCUCUGUGGUCCGUGUUUCUAAAUUCCAAAGGAAAAAGUUUGAAAAGAAAUUGUGAGGGCAGAGAUUGCUAAUGGGAUUUCAGUGCAAAGGUUCACAAAAAUCCCUUUAAAUAUUAGCAGCUAUUAAUGAGCAUUUUUUUUCCCCUACCUAGUUUUGUCCCCCUUGAAGUCCUGACUCUUUCUAUCCUGCAGCAUCCACAGAAAUGUCAAUCCUCGGGUAUUUAUUCCAUGUUGUCAGGUUUCAUGAUAAUUUGGCUCUAGAGAAGAAUUAAUUCCCUCCCUCAAUUGAUGACCACAUAAAGCCCCUUUCCUGCAAGAUCAGUGACUAGUAAUCAGGUGGAGGAACCUGGCUGUUUAUUUUCUUCCCGAGCUCAUAUGGAGCAGAUGUUGACUGCAGCCAUCCCAGACUGGGAAUUGAGGUAGGAACCUCUCAUCUCUGCUGCAUCCUACACCUGGCACAUCAGGCCUUUAAUUUAGAAAAAUUGAAGUUGCACAGUGAAUUAACAAACCUGCAGUGAAAAUAAGAGGCAUGUUUGUAAGUAUUUGUGUUAAUCUGUUGAUGCUAAAUUUUUCUGUUUAAAAUAAGUGCUAAAGAAACUUUUUGUCUUCCACUAUACCUUUCUCAAGCUGGAAGGUUAUCAGCACCCCUUGACCAGUGCUUCAGAGUACUGUGUAAAGAGCUUUGGCAUGAGUGGCCAGGGAGAGUUAUCCUCCAAUUUUCUCUCCUUCCCUUUGUUAAUCCCAAGUGAAAUCUCAGAUAGGACCAUAUGACGAAUCCUACAAACAAACCUUUUUCCUUUUAGGCUCUGGAAUUACACCCAGAUACACUUGCAUUAUACAGCAAGGUUACAGCAAAAAGCACUGGCACUCUGUUCUGCUGUCAAGCUAUGGCUACUGUGUUUCUGGUUCAAAAAAUUUGGUUUUAAAUUUAUAACGCUUUGUUGAAAGAAAAGUGGGACAGUUCCAACUUUCUUGUAUUCAUUUAUGGGAAGUGGGAAUCACCAGCAAGGCCAGGAGAAGGUGGGAGUAAGCUGCCUUCUUGAACCACUGCAGUUCAUGUGGUGUUGUUACACCCACAGUGCUCUUGGAGAGUUGAUUUAGACACUUUUUGUGCUUUCAUGCCAAUGAGUUCAAUGUUAUGGAGUCAGGGUCUCAAAUCCCCACCUUCCUAACAAGGUUGCAGGGUCUGAGAUGACGUUUCCCCAUUUAACAACAGUGCAUUCAUGAAGGCAACGUGAUUUUGCCAUCUCCCGGAUUGCAGGUUGUGAUGGUAAAAGUGUGGGCGAUUGACUGGAGCCUUUAUGCAUCAGUCACUGAAAUCCUGUCUGAGUCCGAGGCCACCAAUAUAAUCAGCAGCCAUCGGUUUUCUCAUUUGGACUGAGCUGCUCCCUCAAGAACAGGCUGAGCAACCACAAUACACAAACCACAAACAGCAACACAAUGAUUUGCUGAAUGAAUCAUCUCUGAACAUGUUGUCCAUGUGAGGACGUUGAGAUUGUUGAAUUUUGGGAAUUUUGCUGUUUUCCAAAAAUUCUUUUGGCUAGAUUUCCUUCUUUUCAGAAAAUAUGAAUUUCAUUGUCAUACAGGUUUCACAGACACUAAUUGUUAAUGGUGUGUACAUUCCAUGGACUUUGACUCUCGCUGGCAUAUGAAUCCCACACACACUGAACCUCACAGGGGUAUUGGUUCAACAGACACUGCCUCUCACUAGGGUAUAGGUUCCACUGAUACUAACUAUCACUAGGAUACGAGUUACAGAGUCAUAGAGUUUUUACAGCACAGUAAGACACUCUUUGGCAUGUUGUGUCUGCACUGCUGGUCUGGCACCUAUCCACUUUGCUCUAUUUUCCAGCAUUUGGCCCAUUGCUUUGUAUGCUGUGGUGUUUCAAGUGUUCAUCUAAAUACUUCUUAAAUGUCUGAAGGGUUCCCAACUCUACCACCCUUUCAGGCACUGAGUUCCAAACACCCACCACCCACUGGGUGAAAAAUGUCAUCUUAAAUCCCUUCUAAACCUCCUGCCCUUUACUUUAAAUCUAUGUUUUCUUAUUAUUAAUACCUCUACCAAGGGGAAAUGUUUCUUCCUAUCUACCCAAUUUAUGCCCUUCUUUGUAUACCUCAAGAAAAUCCUGUCCAGCGUUUUCUGCUCCAAGGAAAAUAACUCCAGCCUAUCUAGUCUCUCGUCAAAGCAGGAAUUCUCCAGAUUGGCCAGUGUUCUGGUGAAUCUUAUCUGCACCCUCCCUAGAGCUAUCACACCCUUCCUUCCAGAGUAUGGUGACCAGCACUGUACACAAUACUCCACCUGUGGUCUAACUCAUGAUUAUUACAGCUCCAUCAUAACCUCACUGCUCUUGCAUUCAAUGCCUUGACAUAAAGGCAUGUAUCCCAUAUGCCUUUGUAACAAUCUUAUCCACCUGUCUUAUUGCCUUCAAGGAUGUGUCGGCAUGUACACCUAGGCCUCUGAUUUUCAGUACUUCCUAGGGUCCUGUCAUUCAUUAUGUACUCCCUUGCCUAGUUAGUCCUUCGAAAUGCAUUACCUCACACUUUUCAGGAUUAAAUUCUAUUUGCCACUGUCCUAUCCCCAGACGCUGUCUCUCAUUAGGGUAAGGGUUCCACACGCUGACUCUGACUGGGGUGUGGGGUCCACACAUACACUAACAUUCAGUGGGGUAUGGAUUCUGUUGACAUUGACUGUCACACAUGUAUGAGUCCUACACACAUUGAGUCUCACUGAGGUACAGAGCUUACAAAGACAGUUAAUUUCAACUUUCACUUACAUAAAGGUCCACAGAUAUUGAAUCUCACUGGAGUACAUCUUCCAUUGAUAUGGAUUCUUACUGGGGUUUUGGUUCAACAGACACUCUGACUCUCACUAGGGUACAAUUUCACAGACAGUGGCUUACACUCACUCUCCUUGUGGUAUGGGUUCCACAGAAACUGAAUCUCACUAGAGUAUAGCUUCCAAAGACAUUGAUCUUGUCUAAAGUGUAGUUUCCAUAAACACUAACUCUCACUGGAAUAUAGAUUCCAUAGAUACUGACUGUAACUGGGAUUGCAGAGCAUAUUGAGUGAGGCAAUGAGAAUUGCCUCUCAUUGGGUAAACAUUUCAAGAGUAUUAACUGUGACUCUAGCCUAUGUUCAACUGGCCUUUUCUGAGCCUGACAAGGAUUCCAUGUGUUUUGAUUUGCACUAGGUUAUCAAAUUCAUUUGUGUUGAUUCUUGUUGGGAUCCGGGAUAAAUAAUUUCUGAUUCUUGCUGAGGUACUGGGCUCUAUUAGCACUAUUGCUUAGAUGUGGGAUCCUUAGGAACUGAUACUUGCUGGGUUAUGAUUUGACAGGCACUAACAGUGGCACAUGGGCUUCGCUGGGAUAUGGAUUCAAUGGACAUUCUUGACAUGUGACCAUGCAGCUGGAUAUUUUAACUUAGGAGGUGCUCAGUAUACUUGCAACCUUAGGCAAAGUAAAUCAGGACCAAAUAAUCCUUCCACCUCACCUCAGUACACAAUUACCAAAGCCAGUUGUAACUACCAGGACAUUUCUUUUUAGGCAAAUAAUUAACUCUGCAUAGGUCAGAGAUUAAUCCUGGUACUCUCAUCAAAUUUGCACAGCAUCACCUUUCCAGGGCCAUUUACUCGUGGUACUAUCCAUCAUCAGAUUUACCUUGUUUUAUCACACCCUAAAAUGUAGCACAGAAAUGAAAUAAUGCAGGUGUUUGAAAUGUACCUCAACCUGUACCUUGCCUCACCUCAUGAAAUGAUCCUAUAAAAACAAAUUACAACUGCAAAACCCUUUCAUAUUUAAAACCAAAUUGGAUAAUUCCCCCCUCCAGUUCCUACCUUGAGUAUCUGCCAAGUUAAGGUUUCAGCCUGUGAAGAUUACUAUCAAUCAUUUUACAGUCUCCACCCUGAUGGAUAAUUCCUGUUUCUCUACCCCUGAUUUAGCAAAGCGAAGGUCGGUAGUGUUGUGGGGGAGUGGGCAGUGGUGGGGAGCAGUGGUUACACUGGGAGUUUUUCUUACCAGGUCUGAUUGCAAUACUUGUAUAAUGUUUGUUCUUGGCCAGUUCUCGUACAUCAUCUAUAUCAUGAUCACAUCUGUAUGACAGGGCAGGGUGAGAGGAGCACUGUGGUAAUCUGAACUAACAUCCGGUUAUUCAGUUCCCAGUUUCAGAAACGCCUCCAUUCCAACAAUAACAUCAGAAUACACAGAGAACAACAAAUAUUCUUGAAAAUCAGUGUGAAAAUUGAACAAGAGAAACAGCUGGAGAGAUUAUAAAGGAAGGAGUAUCAAAAAGAAUAUCAAAGCAAGGGACUUGCUGAAGGGAAUACUGGAAAGACAAAAUACCAGGAGAACGGAAACCACACAGGCAGGUUUAUCAAAAAAGUGAAUAACAGAGGGAGGAAAUACUGAUCAGAGGGAAUAGUGUAAGAAGAGCAUUUUAGGGAGAAGUGACUGUUGUAGGGACAGGGUUAUGAAAGGGAAAACAAAGUCGGAAUUCUAUGUAGAGUAUAUAGUUGAGCCUGGGGAUAAUGAAUGAAGAAAGUGUCACAGGAGUAAAUGUUGGAAGAGAAUAAAGAGAUAGAAUACAAGAUGGAGUGUGGAUUGGAACAGGAAAAUGACAGAGGGGUGCUUUAGGUUUAACUUACAGAUGAGAAACAGGUCCUCCACUUAUAUGUGGGAGAUUCACAAAUGGAAGUUGCUCCAAACUUGCACACCUGAUUUUGGGAUAAAGUUCUUUUGUGUCAAAAUAAUAGUACAGAUACUGGUAUAUCAGUUCUUCAUCCUGAUUGAGAUGUAUCUGACAGGCACUGUCUAUAUUUGCCAUCAAUGAUCUGAAGCAGAGGUUUAUUGCCAUGGCUCUUAUUCGUUGACACUUCACUAAAGGAACUAAUCAUGUGAUGCAGGUGAGAAAUAGAGCAACAUGCACAAUGCAGAGAAAUAUGUUAAAUUAAUCUACCUUAUUUUAUUUUUCAAUGCGGAACUGGUGUGAAAAUAAAUCAGCUGAAUUGUUGGCCCUGUUAUACAUCUGUGGGAUGAAUCAAUCGCAUAUUUACAUGAUCUUGAUUUAGUUCAAUUCCAUUCAAAAUCAAACCUAACCCACUCGAUUUAGAUUAAUUCCACAUUUAUCUCAUUAUCUAUUUAUCAUUAGUUUUAUUUUAUGCAUUUUUAAACUGGUUUAUUUUCUCGCUCUAUUCUUUUAAAUCCCAAAUAUGUACCCAGUUCCAGUUGCUGCCUGCAUCAGCCACAACGCACUGUUACUUCUCUCACCUCUUGAAUCAAAAGGCUAUGGGAUUGAGUCCACGCCAGAGUCAAAAUCUAGAUUAAUACUUAAUUGUUGUACUGAGCGAGCACUGUACCGUCUGUGGGUGUUAAACAGGAAUGUCCAACUGCUGCCUGAGAUAGAAGCAUAGAAAAAAGGCGCAGGAGUAAGCCGUUCAACCCAUUGACUCCACCAUUCAGAAAAAUCAUGGCUGUUCCUCUAUCACGUUGCCAUACUCCUAUGCUUUCCUUAUACCCUUGACAACUCUAGCUUCUAGAAAAAUCUAUCAUUUUUUAAAUGCAGUCGAUAGACUUCAAAGAUCUCAUUGUUCACUCUGAAGAAAACCAGGGCAGUUAUCCCAGUGUCCCGGAUAGCAUUUAUCUCUCAAGCAACAUAAUUUUUAAAAAUUCAUUAGUAAUUUAUUGCAUUGCUGUUUGUGAGACCUUGCCGUGUACACAUUGGUUGCUGUGUUUUGUAUAUUACAAGAGGGAAUACACUUUGAAUGUAAUGUGCUUGGGAUGUUCUGAGAUUGAGAAAGGUGCUUCUUAAGAAUAUUAUUCUUAUUCUUAAGAAUAUUCAUUACCAGCAAAUGCCAGGCAUGGACUAUCCACUUUUUUUUGCUGUUGAUUCAGUUAAGCCUUUUCCAUCUGUUCAGCACUUCCUCCCCUCCCUUGCCCUCGAAAGCAGGAACUCACCACAUACAGAAUCAUGACCAUGAACUGGCGCCACCACAGAUUCUCCACCCGUCAUUCUUUGAUCCAGAUUAGAUUCUAAUCAGGGCUGUGGUAUAAAUACAGUAAAAGCGUCAGGUCAAGAAAUGAAUUGUCACUCUUUAUCAGAGAUACUGUGCCUCCGGCGUUCUCACACAAACGAUCAAAGCUAGACAUUCAGGCUGUGGAGUGAUUGAACUCUUCCUCAUACCUGUCAUUAUUAAGUUGCCAAUACCACGUUAGUCUUCCUGCACUGCAGUAAGUAAAUUGUGGCCUGAUUGCCUUUCCCUAUAGCUGUAGAUUUGCUUCAAUACUAGAAGUGGCUGGCUUCUUGCAUUUUUGCAAUGAAAUGUUGAGCACUGUUUUUGCUGCUAGUUUUACUAAGCCGUAAUUCCAAUCAGACUGAUUAAUAAAAUUAAUAGAUUG